CAUAUGCUAGUAAGUACCUGUCCCUACUACCUACAAGUAAGUAACUGCGUACGAGUGAAUCCCCAGCUUCAAGUUUAUAGAAUCUUCCGGUGAAUGAGAUGUGGCAUCAUUCAUCAUUUCCCAUCAUACCCAAUUUCAAUCAUCUUCUCUUUGUCCCCAACCUAAUUUCUUAAACAACUACCCAUCUACCUCUCUUUAUAACCAUAAUCCCUCUGGAACCACAACCCUCCAGAUACAACCAUGCCAUCGGCACUACCAACCUCGACUUCUGGAGUCACCAAGUUUACAAACUGUCGUUUGUUAAAGGGAGAAUCUUUAGUUACUCAAGAUCUUUGGGUAUCAUCUUCCACCGGCAAGAUUAUCCAAAGCCAGGAAGCUUUUUACUCACACUUAUGUGUACCUGACGAGAUCAUUGAUCUUGGUGGUCGCAUUAUCUCUCCAGGUUUCAUCGACACACAACUGAAUGGAGCUUUUGGAUUUGACUUUGCUUCUAUACCAGAAGGUACCGAUCCUAAUGCUUAUGGCAAGGAAUUUCGUCGAAUCAAUCAAUUAUUGAUCAAGACCGGGGUUACUUCUCAUUUACCUACUAUCACAUCAUCACGUCCGGAAGUUUAUCAUCAUGUGAGUACCAAACGUAAUUUAUCACUGAACCCAUACUAAUAAUUCUCACCAGGCACUUCCUUUUCUAGGUCCUUCUGGAGCAAAUCGUCUUGCAUCAGAUGGUACCGAAUCUCUGGGCGCUCAUGUUGAAGGACCAUUCCUUUCCCCUACCAAAAAUGGAAUCCAUCCUCUUCCUGUCCUACUCGCCCCUAAAUCCAACGACCUCACCACUCUCUCAGAGUGUUAUGGCUCUUCCAAUCUUCUAGGGAAUAUCCGCCUUAUAACCGCUGCUCCUGAACUUCCACACAUGACCUCUCUAAUACCAACUCUCACCUCUCCACCCCACAACAUCAUCUUCAGCAUCGGCCACACAGAAGCCACAUACGAAGAAGCCACAGCCGCCAUUUCCGCCGGUGCAACAAUGAUAACCCACCUCUUCAACGCCAUGCGUCCCCUCCACCACCGCAACCCAGGAAUCUUCGGACUCCUCGGCACCACCCCCACAACCAGCACUUCUCCCUCCACAACCCCUCCUUCCACCCCCAUCACAACUCAAAACAUAAUCCCCCCUCUCAAACCCAUCACCCAACGCCCCUACUUCGGCAUCAUAGCCGACUCCAUCCAUCUCCACCCCACCACCAUAACCCUAGCCUACAACGCGCACCCCUCCGGUCUAAUCCUCGUAACAGACGCCAUGCACCUCGUCGGACUCCCCGACGGCCGCUACUCCUGGAACGGCGAAUACAUCCUCAAAGACGGCAUCCAUCUCCGUCUCGAAUCCACCAACAAAAUCGCAGGAUCUAGCAUCACACUUGUAGAAUGCGUGAGUAAUUUUCUAAACUGGACAAAUUGUAGCAUAGCACAGGCUUUGAAAGCGGUUACUGAGACCCCAGCGAGGAUGUUGGGCGUUUUUGAUAGGAAGGGUGGGUUGGAGGGGGGAAUGGAUGCGGAUUUGUGUGUACUGGAUGUGGUUGUGGAGAGUGAGGGGAGGAAAAGGGUAGUGGUGGAUCAGGUUUGGAAAUUUGGAGUUAGGGUUUUUGAGAGGGAGGGGGAAGGGGAGAGGGAGAGAAAGAUUGUUGGGUAGGUAGGUGAUGAAUGAACAAGUAAUGGACACCGCAUAAAGGGAUAGAAGGUUGGGAAUAACUUUUGAUAUCAAUUGAGAGUGUUGGUUGGCAAAUAAAUGACGAAUGACUACCUACCUACUUACUACCUAGAUAGGUAUUAAAGGGCAUGAAUGAAUGAAAUUUCAUGGCGGAAAAAUACUGCAUAGGCAUAGAUUGUUAUAGCAGAUUUCUUGCAAUGUAUUUUACCUCUUUACGAAUAAAGAAA